UCAGAUCAAUGUUGCCCUACAAUAAAAAAGAAAAGUGCAACAAUUUAUUGCGCCUAAGUUUUUAUUGAAAUAAAAAUAUUGAAAUAAUUGUUUUUGAUAUGGUGCUUAACUAUAAAUACAAAUGGUAAAUAUAUGCAUUUAACUGAAAUAAAUGAGGAUCUUAUAAUGACAGAAAAUUUACUUGAAGGGCGCAAGCAACUGGAGAACAGUUCUGCUAAUUUAAAAAUAGAACAAAACAAUAAUCAGACUGAAAAUUUGCCGAAAUUUCUACCCGAUGUCAAACAAAGCAAGGAAGAUAAAAUUCGCAUGGAGACGGAAGCUAUCAGCCAGACUGCCACAUCUGAUAAUCAAGAACAUAAAAUAACACAAUUUGUUCUGCAAUUACUUGGUGAUCUCAAAGGCCAAGGGGAACUUCAUUUAAGCGAAGUAAAAGAGCUUCGUAAGGAGCUGGAAGAAAAGGAUAAUAAAUGCAAUCAGUUAAAACUUGAGAUAUCCAAAGUUCGAGAAAACCCUACAUUUUAUGAUCUAAAAAGUCACGAAGAACGUCAUUCACGAGAAGUAAAAGAUCUUCGCACACAGCUGGAAUUAAAUGAUAAUGUAAAUCAGAAGUUAACAAAUGAAGUGUUCACUGUUCGGAAAAAUUUUAUUCAAAUGCGCAAGCAAUUGCUUAACGAUCUCAAAAUUAGAGAAGAAUGUCAUUUACGAUACGUAAACGAGCUUCGUGAAGAGUUAAAAGUAAAAGAAAAUAAUCUUAAAGAUCAAGAUGAACGCCAUUCACGAGAAGUAAACAAACUUCGUGAGGAUCUGGAUGUAAGGGAUAACACAUGCCAUGAAUUAGAACUAGAGUUAACCCAAGUCCGACAAAAUCCGGAAAUUAUUUUAAUGCGACAGCAAUUGCUUGACGAUCUUAAAGGUCAAGAGAUUCAUUUACGAGAAGUAAAAGAGCUUCGCAAAGAGCUAGAGGCAAAGGAUAAUUUAUGCCAUGAGUUAGAACUUAAGGUAUCCCAAGUUCGUGAAAACCCUGAAUUUAUUAAAAUGCGACAGCAAUUACUUGAUGAUCUUAAAGGUCAAAAAGAACAUCAUUCAAGGGAAGUAACAGAGCUUCGCAAGGAGCUGAAAAUAAAUGUUAAUAUGUGUCAGCAGUUAACGAAUGAAGUCUUCGAGAUGCAACAAAGUCUUGAAAAUCAAGAACAACGUCAUUUACUAGAAAUAAACGAGAAGCAUAAGGAGCUGGAGUCAAAAGACAGCUUAUGUCAACUGUUGGAGCUUAAGGUGUCUCAAGUGCGAGAAAAUCCUGAAUUUCUUCAAAUGCGACAGCAAUUACUUGAUGAACUUGAAGGCCAAGAAGAACUUCACUUGGUCGAAGUAAAUAAGCUUCGUAAGGAACUGGAGGCUAAGGAUACAAUAUGCCAUCAGUUAGAGCAUGAAGUAUUCGCAGUGCAGGAAAAUGCUGAGUUUAUCCAGAUGCGAGAACAAUUAAUGGAUAAUCUCAAAGAUCAAGAAGAACGUCAUUUACGAGAAAUAAGUGACCUUCGCAAGGUGCAGGAGGACAAAGAUAAAUUAUGCUUGGAGAAAGAUCAGGAAGCAGCUCAACUCCGAGAUCGUCUUAACUUCAACAUGUCUUGUCCCAUAUGUUUGGAGCCAUGGAAUUCUUCGGAACAUCGCAUGGUCGCGUUGUCAUGUGGUCACAUUUUCGGUGAAUCAUGCGCACGACAAUGCCUGCAAAGAAAUUCAAAUUGUCCAGAAUGUCGAGCUCCUGCUUCAGAAAGUAAUAUUCGUAAACUAUUUCCCCGUUAA